GCAGUCGGACUCUAGAGCCGGCAGAACAGUUUAAUUCUUCGGAAAGAUUGGAAGUAAAGUAAAGUGGAGCUGGGUUUACAAUAUUCCAGACAACUCUCUAGGGAAUUCUCCGGAAUGCAAGUGUUUUUAGCUUUUGCCCUGCUCGCAGGCCUAGCUUUAUCGGCUGAUGCCACGAAUCCGCCGAAAUGGGAUCCCAACUAUAUUGUGAAAGGAACCCUAUACAUUCCGUACGCCGAGAUCGCAGAGCCGUUCUACGCCUGGUAUGACAAGAAUACUAAGCGAUCCCGCAUCGACUACUACGGCGGAAUGGUGAAGACGUACCAGCUGGCCGGCGAGGGACAGUACGGAACUCUGCUGAAACUGGCUCCAAUCACCACCAAAACGGAGGAGAACAAGCUGACCUGCCUGCAGGUGAAUGGUACCGCCGACCAGUCCGUCGAGAUCCAGAGCAUCCUGCCCGAUGCGAAACCCUUCAGUCUGGUGGGCACGGAGAGCUUUUUGGGGUACACCUGCGACAAGUUCCGGCUGGAGGAGACCAUUGGCCAGAAGAAGAACGUCUAUACGUUGUGGGUGCGGUACAAGAAGUCGCCGCACUAUCCCUCCAGUCGCAUGCCCAUUCCCGUGCGCUACGAGAUGCGUGGUUAUAACACCCUGCUGGGAUCCCACUACGAUCAUUACUACCUGGACUACGACAGCUACGAGCAUGAUGAUAUCCCCAACGAGGUGUUCGAGAUCGAUGACAGUCUGCAGUGCGUUGGUUUCCCCGGACCCGGCACCGGUCACUAUGCCACCUUCAAUCCCAUGCAGGAGUUCAUAACCGGAACCGAUGAGCAUGUAGACAACGCCUUCCACCACUUCAAGCGCAAGCAUGGAGUCGCCUAUCCCAGCGACAAGGAGCACGAGCACCGCAAGAACAUCUUCCGCCAGAACCUGCGCUACAUCCACUCCAAGAACCGAGCCAAGCUCACCUACACGCUGGCCGUGAAUCACCUGGCCGAUAAGACCGAGGAGGAGCUGAAGGCGCGUCGUGGUUACAAAUCCUCUGGCGUUUACAACACCGGCAAGCCGUUCCCCUACGAUGUGCCCAAAUACCAGGAUGACAUCCCCGACCAGUACGAUUGGCGACUAUACGGCGCUGUCACUCCGGUGAAAGAUCAAUCGGUGUGCGGAUCCUGCUGGUCGUUCGGCACCAUUGGCCACUUGGAGGGCGCGUUCUUCCUGAAGAACGGCGGCAAUCUCGUCCGGCUUUCCCAGCAGGCUCUGAUUGACUGCUCCUGGGCCUUCGGCAACAAUGGCUGUGAUGGUGGCGAGGACUUCCGCGUGUACCAGUGGAUGCUGCAGUCCGGUGGAGUGCCCACGGAGGAGGAGUACGGCCCAUAUCUGGGACAGGAUGGCUACUGUCACGCCAACAAUGUGACCCUGGUGGCUCCCAUCAAGGGAUUCGUGAACGUAACCUCCAACGAUCCCAAUGCCUUCAAGCUGGCCCUGCUCAAGCACGGACCUCUUUCGGUGGCCAUCGACGCGUCUCCUAAGACAUUUAGCUUCUACUCGCACGGAGUUUACUAUGAGCCCACGUGCAAGAAUGAUGUGGAUGGUCUGGAUCACGCCGUACUGGCAGUUGGAUAUGGAAGCAUUAAUGGAGAGGACUACUGGCUGGCGAAGAACUCGUGGUCCACCUACUGGGGCAACGAUGGAUACAUCCUGAUGUCGGCAAAGAAGAACAACUGCGGUGUCAUGACCAUGCCCACUUACGUGGAGAUGUAAAUGAACCCGCACUUUCUUAUUUCUUAUCUUAUGUAAUUUUUUCUAUUAUCACGCCCCGAGGGCGCUAAAUAUGCAAUAAACUUCAUGAACUCUUUUGUAA